GCAAGCGAGGACGGGGAGAGUGUGGGCCACUGCCCCUUCUGCCAGCGGCUCUUCAUGGUAUUGCUGCUCAAAGGGGUGCCCUUCACCCUCACCACUGUGGAUGUGAAGAGGGCGCUGGAUGUGCUGAAGGACUUUGCACCAGGUGCCCAGCUGCCCGUUCUGCUCUACAACGGCGAGCCCAAGACCGACACCGUCACCAUUGAGGACUUCCUGGAGGACCAGCUGGGCCCCCCCAUGUUCCCCAGCCUGCUCCCGCAGCGACGGGAGUCGAGCCUGGCCGGGAACGAUGUCUUCCACAAGUUCUCCGCCUUCAUCAAAAACCCGGCGCCUGCCCAGGAUGAGGCACUGCAGCGGAGCCUACUGCGGGCCCUGCUGAAGCUGGACGAGUACCUGAGUGCCCCCCUGGAGUACGAGCUGGCCCACGACCCCCACCUCCGGGCAUCCCAGCGCCGCUUCCUCGACGGGGACCAGCUCACGUUAGCUGACUGCAACCUGCUGCCCAAGCUCAACAUCAUUCAGGUUGUGUGCCAGCACUACCGCCACUUUGGGAUCCCCAAGGACCUCGAAAAACGCUACCUCAACAGUGCCAGCGAAACCAAGGAGUUCAAAUACACCUGCCCCAACAGCGAGGAGAUCAUACAAGCCUACCGCUCCGUGGUCCGGUCGCCACA